UGUUCAUCGAUGCAGCGGGCACCACACACUCUCUUUCAAUUCUGCAUCUGAGAGGAGGAGAGGAACAUGCACUUCCUGUGCAAUGUGUGCUCAAUUGAGUUCACUCCACUUCUUUCGUAGCGUGGAAAUAGUUUUUUCCGGUUCUGCGUAGAGGGGGAAGUGGUACUGGUGUAUAGUUUGGAAAAACGAAGAGCUACUUUUCAACCGCCAUAAAUGUGGAUUGUUUACAUCAGUCGGAAGAGCCGUUCCUCCUUCCCCGCCUCCCUCCGAGCUCAGCCCAGUUAUCAGCGGCUCCCUCCAGCUUCCCAUCGCCGUAGAUAGCGUUAGUGGAGCGGGCUAUGGCCCUACUGCUCUCCCGGCCUUUAUGAGCUGCCCAUAGAGAGGCGUGUGACACAAGUUGCCUGAUCUACACGCCUGAAACACCGUAAGAGUAUCAUACAGGAAAUCAGGCAUUGAAUCGCAGCCUUGCACACUACAUGGUCUUGUGAUCUUGAAGAGUGGAUGUGCAGUCCAAGCUGACCGAGACAUGGCUGUCCUCAAACUCGCCGACCAGCCUCCGCUCAUCCAGGCUAUCUUCAAUGGAGAUCCCGAGGAGAUCCGAACCCUCAUCUACAAGUCUGAAGACAUCAAUGCUCUGGAUGCCGAGAAGCGUACGCCGCUGCACGCCGCAGCCUUCCUUGGCGAUGCCGAGAUCACAGAGCUCCUCAUCCUCUCUGGGGCCCGGGUCAACGCCAAAGACAACAUGUGGCUCACUCCCCUCCACCGCGCUGUGGCCUCUCGUAGUGAGGAGGCGGUGCGCGUGCUCAUCCGCCACUCUGCGGACGUGAACGCGCGCGACAAGAACUGGCAGACGCCGCUGCACGUGGCGGCGGCCAACAACGCGCUGCGCUGCGCCGAGGUCAUCGUGCCCCUGCUGUGCAGCGUCAACGUGUCGGACCGCGGCGGGCGCACGGCGCUGCACCACGCCGCCCUAAACGGCCACACCGAGAUGGUGAACCUGCUCAUCGCCAAAGGAGCCAACAUUAAUGCCUUCGAUAAGAAGGACGGUCGGGCACUGCACUGGGCCGCUUUCAUGGGCCACCUUGACGUGGUGUGUCUGCUGGUGAGUCAGGGGGCCGAGGUGGGCUGCAAGGACAAGCGGGGCUACACCCCUCUGCACACAGCUGCCUCCAGCGGCCAGAUCGCUGUGGUCCGACACCUGCUCAACCUCGCCGUAGAGAUAGACGAGUCCAACGCGUUCGGGAACACGGCGCUGCACGUGGCGUGCUUCAACGGACAGGACGCCGUCGUCAGCGAGCUCAUCGACUACGGCGCCAACGUGGGCCAGUCCAACAACAAGGGCUUCACGCCGCUGCACUUCGCUGCCGCCUCCACGCACGGCGCCCUCUGCCUGGAGUUCCUGGUCAACAACGGGGCCGACGUCAAUGUCCAGAGUCGGGAUGGGAAGAGCCCUCUGCACAUGACGGCCGUGCACGGGCGCUUCACACGCUCCCAGACCCUCAUCCAGAAUGGCGGGGAAAUCGACUGCGUGGACAAGGACGGCAACACCCCUCUGCACAUCGCCGCCCGCUACGGUCAUGAGCUGCUCAUCAACACGCUGAUCACCAGCGGAGCCGACUGCACGCGGCGGGGGGUCCAUGGAAUGUUCCCCCUCCACAUGGCGGCCCUGAACGCCCACUCGGACUGCUGUCGGAAGCUGCUGUCCUCAGGCUUCGAGAUAGACACCCCCGACAGCCUCGGGAGGACCUGCCUGCACGCCGCCGCCGCGGGAGGUAAUGUGGAGUGUGUGAAGCUGGUGCUGAGCAGCGGGGGGGACCACAACCGCAGGGACAAGUGUGGCAGAACGUCCCUCCACUACGCGGCAGCCAGCCGGCACUACCAGUGCCUGGAGACCCUGGUGGCGUGCGGGAUCUGCAUCAACGCCACCGACCAAUGGGGGCGCUCGGCCUUGCACUACGCCGCGGCGUCCGACCUGGACAGGAGACGACGGCAGAACCUGGAGCCGGAGAGCGAUGGCGUCCAGGCGGAGAGGGAGAAGGAGGCGGCGCAAUGUUUAGAGUUCCUGUUGCAGAGUGGAGCGACAGCCAGCCUCAAAGACAAGCAGGGCUACAGCGCUGUGCACUAUGCCGCUGCAUACGGACACAGACACUGUCUGGAGCUGUUGCUGGAUAGGGGCGAGAGCCACCAAGAAGAGCCAGAUUCCCCCAGUGCCAGGAGCCCUCUGCACCUUGCUGCCUACCACGGCCAUGCCCAGGCGCUGGAGGUCCUGCUGCAGGGGGCGCGGGAGGUGGACCAGGGCGACGAGGCCGGCCGGACGCCCCUGGCGCUGGCCUCGCUCCGGGGACACACGGACUGCGUCCACACGCUGCUCAGCCAGGGGGCGUCGCCGCACGCCGUGGACACCCAGUACGGCCGUUCGGCCGUCCACCUGGCCGUGAUGAAUGGUCACACCACGUGCGUGCGCCUCCUGCUGGACGACCCCGACAGUGCGGACCUGGUGGACGCCGCUGACUCCCAGGGCCAGAGUCCUCUGAUGCUGGCCGUGGCCGGGGGUCACGUGGACGCGGUGUCUCUGCUGCUGGAGAGAGAGGCCAACGCCAACAUGGCCGACAACCAUGGCCUCACGGCCCUGCACCUCGGGCUGCUGUGCGGUCAGGAGGAGUGCAUCCAGUGUCUGCUGGAGCAGGAGGCCUCCGUGUUGCUAGGCGACGCGCGCGGCCGCACAGCCAUCCACCUGGCGGCGGCCCGGGGCCACGCCUCCUGGCUGAGCGAGCUGCUGGGCAUCGCGUGCUCGGACCCCCCCUCCCUGCCCCCGCUGCAGGACCGGUCGGGCUACACGCCCCUGCACUGGGCCUGCUACUACGGUCAUGAGGGCUGCGUGGAGGUCCUGCUGGAGCAGAAAGGGUGCCGCUGCAUCGACGGGAACCCCUUCACCCCUCUGCAUUGCGCUGUGGUGAACGACCACGAGCCCUGCGCCUCCCUGCUGCUGGAGGCCAUGGGGUCGGACAUCACCAGCUGUAAAGACGCCAAGGACAGAACCCCCCUCCAUGCAGCGGCCUUCUCGGGUCACGUGGACUGUGUCCAGCUGCUCCUCUCCCAUGAUGCACCAGUCGAUGCCGUCGACCAAUCGGGCCGCACGGCCCUGAUGAUGGCGGCGGAGAAGGGCAGAGUCGGCGUGCUUGAGGUGCUGUUGACCAGCACUGAGGCCAACCUGAGUCUGACGGAUAAAGACAGCAACACGGCCCUUCACCUGGCCUGCAGUAACGGAAAGCAGGACUGUGUCUUGUUAAUCCUGGAGAAACUGGCCGACGCAGCUCUCAUCAACGCCACGAAUGCAGCGCUGCAAACACCCCUGCACCUGGCUGCCCGCAGCGGGCUGAAGCAGGCGGUGCAGGAGCUGCUGACACGGGGCGCCAGCGUCCAGACGGUGGACGAGAACGGUCUGACCCCCGCUCUGGCUUGCGCUCCCAGCAGGGAGGUUGCCGACUGUCUGGCUCUCAUUCUGGCUACCAUGAUGCCUUUCUGCUCCCCUUGCAGCUCCGGAGCUCCUUCCCCAGGCUCUCUCCUGAGGCAGCUGCCCCCCCAGCACGCGGGCAAGGCCCCUGCGGGGGGCCCCUCUGGGGCCGCCGUCACCGCGGGCCCCCGGGCCCCCCGCAGCCCCAGGAACCCCUCGGGGCCAUCCAGUGAGGGGACCACCGAGAACGACUCGGAAGACUCCGAGACCUUUUGACACCCCCUGUCCCAAAAAGACCGCUUCGCUCCCUCCCUUUACCCCGCCCUGCCACCCGACCGCCUCCCCGUCUCGUCCCCCGUCUUGUGUGUCCCGGAGCACACCAGCCUGCACUCUCGGCCCUCCUACCUCAAAGUGUUCACCUAACUCUAGACACAGCCGCACCGCCAGCGUUUCCUCUCUGCGUACCACAUGCAAGUCCCCGCACAGCGAGGGCCGUCCCAGGCGCUGCACGUCCCCCGUAACGGUUCAGCACUCGAAGGACCGCGCUCCACACGCACCCUACAGGGACGCGGUCAGCCCGUCGCGGCUCCCCCUGGAGCCGUCGGUGCCACGUCCGGCAAGCGCGCCGUCGACUCGUCAUUUGGAUGGGAAACGCUGGCGUGAUAAUGAAUGGAAGGCCCUCCCAAAGUCCUCCGUAGUUUGGCUGCGUCCAAACGAAAAGAUAACUAGGUUCAACGCCCGACGGCGAAAGGCUCGCGCAAACUCCCCCGUUUCACCGAAGAAUGAUGUCGUGUGUAAGGAAAUUAGAUAACUCACGGCAAGUUGACGCGGCACUGGCGGGGACGCGACGCAGCAUUUUCAGUGGAGCCGAUGAGUAAGAGACAACAGCCUCCAUGCGUGUUCUCCACCGGCUGACAUCCAUCAGGGUCGGUGCGCUAAAGCCCCUGAGGGGAUGGUCUACGGCCGGACGCGGGACGCUCACAUCACAACCUUUUGAUUACGUCAGAGCUCAUUUUGAUUUGAAGCCCCUCCUGUGAUGGGUUGAGGUGGGGGUGGGGGUGGAGCAGGUGGUGUUGCAUGCUCGUGUGGUUGCUCUUGUUCUUGUUCUUCUCUCCCACGGUGCCUGAAAUCCAAACUGACCGUGGUACUUCAGUCCUCACGAGACCUGCCUCAGACACCCGUCUGUCCGUAGAGAAAUUAAGCAAAGUAAAAAGAAGCCAUUUUG